AUGAGAGCUGCAUCAUGGACCGGCUCACCUUCCAUCAAGGGCCGGUCGGAAGCGACCAAGAUGGCGCUUUUGGCGUUUAGUUUGACGGGUGUUUCGUUUACAUGGGGUGUGGAAAUGUCAUAUUGCACACCCUACCUCCUCCAACUCGGCCUCACGAAAUCGCGCACAUCCCUCGUCUGGAUCGCUGGACCAUUGUCCGGUCUCAUUAUCCACCCCCUCAUCGGCGUAAUCGCGGAUCGAUCGCGAUCCAAAUGGGGUCGAAGAAGGCCGUUUAUGCUGGGUGGCGCGCUGAUUGUGGCAUCUUGUUUGUUGUUGUUGGGCUGGACGUCGGAGGUUGUGGGGUGGUUUGUGCAUGAUUCUGAGAAGAAACGAAGGGCAACGAUUGCGGUUGCGGUUUUGGCGAUUUAUGGGGUUGAUUUUGCUAUUAAUGCCGCUCAAGCAUGUUGUCGAAGUCUCAUUGUGGAUACGCUGCCGAUAUCCCAGCAGCAACUAGGCUCUGCAUGGGCAAUCCGAAUGCAAGCAAUCGGCUCUCUGAUAGCCUAUAUCGUCGGUUCAGUAGACAUGGUCACUACGUUCGGCACCAGAUUCGGCGAUACGCAAUUCAAGCAAAUGACCGUGGUAGCGGCUAUUUUCUUGAUUGUAGCUGUUGCGAUUACGUCGUAUUCUGUCAAGGAGAGGGUGUUGAUAGCGGCGAGAGGAGCGGAUGAGACACAUGGCUUUUUCCAUGUUAUAAAUCAAUUGUAUAAAACAACAAUGGAUCUGCCGCCACGCAUUCAAUCCAUCUGUUGGGUUCAAUUCUGGUCCUGGAUUGGCUGGUUUCCAUUCCUCUUCUACAGCACGACAUGGGUAGGAGAGACAUAUUUCCGCUACGAGAAUCCCGAGUACGCCGCAAGCUCGUCCGACACACUAGGCGACGUCGGUCGACUCGGUAGUCUGUCCCUUGUGAUAUUCUCCGGCGUUACAUUCCUAUCAUCUGUCCUACUCCCCUUCGGCGUCCGUUCUCCAGACAGCAACUCCAAAAGAGCAAAUUUCACAUCCCGCCCACCACCUCGAAUGGCAGCCUUAUUACGUCGUUUCAAGAGAGUCAGACCCACUUUACAGACUGCAUGGUUCCUCUCGCAUCUCGUCUUUGCGGGCACCAUGAUCUUUGCCCCCAUGGCCCGAUCGUUGAAAUUCGCGACCUUUUUAGUCUCCGUCUGUGGUAUCCCCUGGGCUGUUUCUGGCUGGGCUCCAUUCGCAUUCAUGGGUGUUGAGAUUAAUAAACUGGCAUUGGAACCGCCAAGCCGCCCCACAGCAACGAUGAUUACAUCCACCACAUUUCGGACGCAUGGCUACCGACCUAUUGACAGUGUUGAGCCAGACAUGGAGAUGGAUGUAUUGCGACUAAACCACCGAAGCCCCGGCGACGACGACAGCGACGCUGAAGAGUCAUUGUCGACAAUCGAAAGUCCGUCUACGGGUGAACUUGCGGGCAUAUAUCUGGGCGUGUUGAACGUGUAUACGACCCUGCCCCAGUUCGUGGGCACGUUUAUCAGUUGGAUUGUGUUUAGUAUCCUCGAACCGGGUACUCCUCCAGUCGGCCAGAAAGCGCCUGCCGUCGAAGAAGGAGGAGAAACCCCCUCAAGCGGCGCUAGAGAUGGCGGAUGGAUGAAUUUAGAUACCGACGCGCCCAACGCUAUUGCGGUGUGUCUGUUUAUCGGCGCACUGAGCGCGCUGGUUGCUGCGGAGGCUACACGACGAUUCCGGGCGUUGAAGCAGUAG